GGUCGCCAGCCAUUCCUGUAGAGGACUGCGGGUCGUUCGGACGUUUUGCCUGUCGCGGUAGGAGCGCUCCCGUCUCUCCGGGAAGGCGGCUGCGGCGUCAAGAUGAAGAUCUUUGUGGGCAAUGUCGACGGGGCGGAUACGACGCCGGAGGAGCUGGCAGCCCUCUUCGCGCCCUACGGCACGGUCAUGAGCUGCGCCGUCAUGAAACAGUUUGCCUUCGUGCACAUGCGCGAGAACGCUGGCGCGGUGCGCGCCAUCGAGGCCCUGCAUGGCCAUGAGCUGCGUCCAGGUCGCGCGCUCGUGGUGGAGAUGUCGCGCCCAAGGCCCUUGAACACUUGGAAGAUUUUCGUGGGCAAUGUGUCGGCUGCAUGCACAAGCCAGGAAUUGCGCAGCCUCUUCGAGCGCCGUGGACGCGUCAUCGAGUGUGACGUGGUUAAAGACUACGCGUUUGUUCACAUGGAGAAGGAAGCAGAUGCCAAAGCCGCCAUCGCGCAGCUCAACGGCAAGGAAGUGAAGGGCAAGCGCAUCAACGUGGAACUCUCAACCAAGGGGCAGAAGAAGGGGCCUGCCCUGGCUAUCCAGUCUGGGGACAAGACCAAGAAACCAGGGGCUGGGGAUACAGCAUUCCCUGGAACUGGUGGCUUCUCUGCCACCUUCGACUACCAACAGGCUUUUGGCAACAGCACUGGUGGCUUUGAUGGGCAAGCCCGUCAGCCCACACCGCCAUUCUUUGGUCGCGACCGCAGCCCCCUGCGCCGUUCACCUCCUCGAGCCUCUUAUGUGGCUCCUCUGACGGCCCAGCCAGCUACCUACCGUGCCCAACCCUCAGUGUCACUGGGAGCUGCCUAUAGGGCCCAGCCUUCUGCCUCUUUGGGUGUUGGUUAUCGGACUCAGCCCAUGGCAGCCCAGGCAGCCUCUUACCGUGCUCAGCCCUCUGUCUCCCUUGGGGCCCCAUACAGGGGUCAGCUGGCUAGCCCUAGUUCCCAGUCUGCUGCAGCUUCCUCGCUUGGCCCAUAUGGUGGAGCGCAGCCCUCAGCCUCAGCCCUUUCCACCUAUGGGGGUCAGGCAGCUGCAGCUUCUUCGCUUAACUCCUAUGGGGCUCAGGGAUCCUCCCUCGCCUCCUAUGGUAACCAGCCAUCCUCUUACGGCGCCCAAGCUGCCUCUUCCUAUGGGGUUCGUGCGGCUGCUUCUUCCUACAACACACAGGGAGCAGCUUCUUCCCUAGGUUCCUAUGGGGCUCAGGCAGCCUCCUAUGGUGCCCAGUCUGCAGCUUCCUCACUGGCCUAUGGAGCCCAGGCAGCCUCUUACAAUGCCCAGCCCUCAGCCUCUUACAGUGCCCAAUCUGCCCCAUAUGCUGCCCAACAGGCUGCUUCCUAUUCUUCCCAGCCUGCUGCUUAUGUGGCACAGCCAGCCACAGCUGCUGCCUAUGCUAGCCAGCCAGCCGCCUAUGCUGCACAAGCCACUACCCCAAUGGCUGGUUCCUAUGGGGCUCAACCAGUUGUUCAGACCCAGCUGAAUAGUUAUGGGGCUCAAGCAUCAAUGGGCCUGUCAGGCUCAUAUGGAGCUCAGUCUGCUGCUGCGGCCACUGGUUCCUAUGGUGCAGCAGCUGCCUAUGGGGCUCAGCCUUCUGCCACCCUGGCAGCUCCUUACCGCGCUCAGUCGUCAGCCUCUUUGGCUGCUUCGUAUGCUGCUCAGCAGCAUCCCCAGGCUGCUGCCUCCUACCGUGGCCAGCCUGGCAGUGCCUACGAUGGGACAGGCCAGCCGUCAGCAGCCUACCUGUCUAUGUCCCAGGGGGCCGUUGCCAACGCCAACAGCACCCCGCCGCCCUAUGAGCGUACCCGCCUCUCCCCACCCCGGGCCAGCUACGACGAUCCCUACAAAAAGGCUGUCGCCAUGUCAAAAAGGUAUGGUUCCGACCGGCGUUUAGCCGAGCUCUCUGAUUACCGCCGUUUAUCAGAGUCGCAGCUUUCGUUCCGCCGCUCGCCGACAAAGUCCUCGCUGGAUUACCGUCGCCUGCCCGAUGCCCAUUCCGAUUACGCACGCUAUUCGGGCUCCUAUAAUGAUUACCUGCGGGCAGCUCAGAUGCAUUCUGGCUACCAGCGCCGCAUGUAGGGCCAUCCUGGGGAUGGGGCGCCACAGGAAGGGAGAGAGAGGAAGAGGUAGGGUAGGGUUCAGACCCAGGUCAUCACCACCCUGUUUCAUACCUCUCCCAAUGGUGAUUUUUCAUCCCCUCCCUCUACCAUGUGGGCCUUCCCCAGGAGAGGACCAUUUUGUAUUUGGCAGUAGUCUGCUUUGUUUCUUUGCCUCAGCAGCACAUCUUGCUACUGGCUUUAGAUCUGCGGUUUUCCCCCUACCCUGCCAUCUUCCCAGAAUGGGCAUUUCUUUUAUAUUUUUAUUUUUUUCCUGGCUCCCUUUAUUUUUCUGCGCGAUACUUGAGGUUGUUUGGAGGGUGAUACAACCUACAGCUGAUGUCGGGCGGCGCGUUUUUCUUUUUAGAUGUGAGGGAGGCCAGGAAAGGGUUACUUUAACCAUUUCCUGUGGGCCAACCUAUGCCAGCAAUCCAGGGGGCCCUGACUGUCCUCUGUAGAGACUAUUGAGACUGAGAUCCGGUUGGGACAGUCAGGUGGUAUGUGUCCAGAUCCCUGCUUGCCACUGAAGUUUAGCUGAUGGUGACUGGCAUAGUCCCAAUUCCCUAUCUGCCCAAGUAGGUGGUGUUAGAAACCUUAAUUUUUUUUUCUCUUUUGUAUGGACUACAAAUAAAACUUGGGGCGAUUUGUGGUUUGGAAA